AUGGUCGACUCCUGUUGUGGUCCCAUCUGCUCUGACCAGGGCUGUAACCAAGUCUUCUGCCAGGAGACCUGCUGCCGCCCCAGCUGCUGCCAGACCAGCUGCUGCCAAACCACCUGCCGCCCCAGCUGCUGCCCCCCAGCCUGCUGCCAGACCACCUGCCGCCCAGUCUGCUGCCGUCCAGUCUGCUGCCAGACCCCCUGUCGCCGCAGCUGCUGCCGCCCCAGCUGCUGCCGCCCAGUCUGUUGCCAGACCACCUGCCGCCCUGUCUGCUGCCUCUGCUGCCGUCCAGUCUGUUGCCAGACCACCUGCCGCCCCAGCUGCUGCCGUCCAGUCUGUUGCCAGACCACCUGCCGCCCCAGCUGCUGCCGUCCAGUCUGUUGCCAGACCACCUGCCGCCCCAGCUGCUGCCCCCCAGCCUGCUGCCAGACCACCUGCCCCCCAGCCUGCUGCCAGACCACCUGCCGCCCAGUCUGCUGCCGUCCAGUCUGCUGCCAGACCACCUGCCGCACAACUUGCUGUCGCCCCAGCUGCUCUCAAUCCUCUUGCUGA